AUGACACCAGGGUAUACUGCUAAUGGUGUGAUUAACAUCAUGUUUUAUGCAUUCUACGCAUUGUUUGCUACUCUCUUGUUCAUGCUCUUCAUUACAAAAGGCAAUCCUCAUGUGAUUACAUUCUUGUUACUAGCGAUAUGUCUCUUUGUGUCUAUCAAAUGGUAUAGCAUAGCCUUUUCUAUUUCUCUUUUGACACUUUGUAUAGGUUUAUUGCAGAAUUCGAACGCUCAAAAAAACUGGAAACAAAGGCACAAUAAACAUGUUAAAUGA